AUGGACCGCAAGAGCUCUCUUCGAGCCUACGUGAGGACCAAGGAAGAUCAAGCCGAGGUAAACUUGGAGGCUAAGGGCGAGGAAGAGCUGGAGCUGCUCUCCGACCCCCUCGCCUUGGCCAAUACCGGCAUCCUUCUCACAACCAACAAGCGUGGUGACGGCAAGGUGGUGUUCAGCCUGCGCGAGCUGCCUCUCCACAGCGAGUGGCGCACUUCCGCGGGACACACCGUGGCUCGAGUCUCUCGCCGCGAUGUGCUCAUCUGCGAUGUCACUGGGCAGCCGCACACCAUCGACGUGCCAUCAGAGACGCUGCUCACCAUCCUCUACCUGCCUGACGCAGUGCUCCAGACCAUCUGGUUGCACCUCGUGCCCAGCAUCACCAACACAUGCAUACCCCAGGACAUUGGGCGGUGCAGGCUGGUGUGCAGACAUUGGGCGCGCAUGAUCGAGAAGAUGGUGGUCUACGAACGAACAAGGGGCAUACGGUUCGUCAUCCCCUCGCACCCGGUUCAGCGCGUGCGGAGCAUCUACGACAGCGAUGACGAAGACUACGAGCUCGAAGCGGAGCACGACAACGACGUUGAGGAAUCGCUGCUCGACGGGGUCGCGGGCCGCCACACAUCGAUCGCGCGCCUCUGGGUGCUGUCCACCUCACGACCCAAGCCGGCCCCGGCCAAGGGCAUCUUGAAGCGACCUGCCGACGACGCGCAGGGCAAGAGCAAGAACACCAAGAAGUCGGUGCGAUUCACCGGCCUCGGCGACGAGAGCGAAGCCGAGGAAGCGGAGAAGGAGCGGCGAGCGCGGGAGAGCGUGCGAAGGAAGCUGACCGAGGGAACCGAGCUGUCGAAACGGUUCCUCGCCUCCUUCUUCGGAUGGAGCAAGCACCACCACCGCAAGCGCUCGUCGAUCGACGGCGCCGAACUGUUUGGCGAAGAAGACGAUAUGGACGACGAAGACGCCGACGACCAGGAGAGCGCGGACAGCGACGACACGGGAGAGGAAAGCGCGUCGACGGUCAUCAACUCGGCCGAGGAGGCGUGGUACCGCACCAACGUCUUCGAGAACCAGACCAGGAAUCUCAACCGCCUCAAGGAGCUCGAGAUGCGCCUCGAAGAGAUGGUGCGCAGCAAGGGCCGGCUCGGCUGCAAAGUCCCACGCAACAACACCGCCACCACCGCCAGCAGCGGCGCCGAGGAGGAGGCUCAGAUGGGCGAUGGAGAGGGAGUUGAUGAUGAGAGCCGAGUGGCGAUCGUGGGCGACGACCUGCAAUCAUCGCCGACGCGGGUGGAAGUGGACGGCUGGGCCGAGAGCCCGGUCUACAUGUCGCCGCCGGAGGCGCUGCCGGACCAGGCGCGGGAGGAGGCCAACGCGGGCGAAGACGAAGACGAGGGAGGACAAGAGGGCAAGCCGAAGCGCAGGAGGAGAGACUCCUUCAGCGGGCUGCUGUCCUCGAUGUCCGGCGCGAGCAAGAAGCUUCUGUCGCGCUAG